AUGCCGAACCAGCAGCUAACUCGCGCCGUUGCCGCCGGGAGCUGGAUCUCUGACUAUCUCUCUGACUAUCUCUCUGACCAUCGCCAACAGGCCGGUGCUCGAGAUUGGUCAGGUUCUCCUGCUUGGUUAUCGGCCGGGUUUCAGGCGGUUUCACGGACAGGAGGGCAGGAGGACAAGGAGAGGGACAAGGAGAAGGACAGGGAGAAGGACAGGGACAUGGAGGGAGGACAUGAAGGAGGGGGACGGACAGCGAAGACGACCUCUCUUUCUCUCUCUCUCACUCUCUCUCAUACCAAGCGAGCCAUACAGAGCGACGGAGGGCCAUGCAGAGCCAUGCAGAGCUAUGCACAGCUAUGCAGGACGAUGGCCGGGCGAUGGAGGGGGAAUGGGAAGGCCGACGCCCGGGCAUCAAGAGCCAGCGACGAUGGGCUUAUAACACCGCCGACCCCACUUUCUACCUCCCUCCGCCUCCACCUCCGUCUUCCUCUUCUUCUCGCCCUCUUCUUCUUUUUCCCUUCUUCUUCUUCUCAACUUCACCUUAACAACCAUCUCACUCUCAUCAUCAUCAGCAGCAGCAGCAACCAUGGCCCUUACACAGAAGAUCGAGACCUGGACAGGUUCAUCAACAACAAGUUCGUCAAGGGCACCGAGGGCAAGACCUUCGAGACCAUCAACCCUCACAAUGAAAAAGUCAUCUGUGCCGUCCAUGAAGCUACUGAGAAGGACGUCGACCUCGCAGUUGCGGCUGCCCGCGCUGCCGUCGAGGGUCCCUGGAGAAAGGUCACCCCCAGUGAUAGGGGCCGCAUGCUGACCAAGCUCGCCGACCUGCUCGAGCGGGAUAUCGAGACCAUUGCCGCCAUCGAGGCCCUCGACAACGGCAAGGCCCUCUCCAUGGCCAAGGCAGACGUCACCAACGCUGCCGGGUGCCUCAGAUACUACGGCGGCUGGGCCGACAAGGUCGAGGGCAAAGUCAUCGACACCGACCACGAGACCUUCACCUAUACCCGCCACGAGCCCGUCGGUGUCUGCGGCCAGAUCAUCCCCUGGAACUUCCCCUUGCUCAUGUUUGCCUGGAAGAUCGGCCCGGCCCUGGCCACCGGUAACUCCAUCGUCAUGAAGACCGCCGAGCAGACCCCUCUCAGCGGUCUCUACGUCGGCAACCUCAUCGUCGAGGCUGGUUUCCCCGCUGGUGUUGUCAACGUCAUCUCUGGCUUCGGUCGUGUUGCCGGUGCCGCCAUCUCCUCCCACAUGGACAUCGACAAGGUUGCCUUCACCGGCUCCACCGUCGUUGGCCGCCAGAUCCUCCAGGCCGCCGCCAAGUCUAACCUCAAGAAGGUCACCCUCGAGCUCGGUGGAAAGAGCCCCAACAUCGUCUUCAACGACGCCGACAUUGACAAUGCCAUCAGCUGGGUCAACUUCGGUAUCUACUACAACCACGGCCAGUGCUGCUGUGCCGGUUCCCGUAUCCUCGUCCAGGAGGGCAUCUACGACAAGUUCCUUGCUCGCUUCAAGGAGCGUGCCAACCAGAACAAGGUCGGCGACCCAUUCAAGCCAGACACCUUCCAGGGCCCCCAGAUCUCUCAGCUUCAGUUCGACCGUAUCAUGGGCUAUAUCGAAGACGGCAAGAAGGCCGGUGCCAAGGUCGAGGUUGGUGGUGAGCGUCACGGAAACGAGGGCUACUACAUCCAGCCAACCAUCUUCAGUGAAUGUACCGAUGACAUGAAGAUCGUCAAGGAGGAGAUCUUCGGACCCGUCUGCACUGUCCAGAAGUUCUCUACCGAAGAGGAUGCCAUUCGCAUUGCCAACAACUCUUCCUACGGCCUCGCUGCCGCCCUCCACACCAAGGACCUCAACACCUCCAUCCGUGUCUCCAACGCCCUCAAGGCCGGAACCGUCUGGGUCAACUGCUACAACCUCAUCUCCUACCAGUCUCCCUUCGGUGGAUUCAAGGAGAGUGGUAUUGGCCGUGAGUUGGGAGAAUACGCCCUCGACAACUACACCCAGAUCAAGACCGUGCGCAUCCGUCUUGGUGACGCCAUGUUCGGUUAA